GAUGUCAUAAGAAGAGGAAUAAAACUGAGAGGUAACGAGGGAGGAGCUGGAAGAUGGAUAUAUAAGAAAACCGUGGCACUUCCUCUCCCGAUCGGUCUAUCGCACCUUCCGUCCGUCAGAGGCUGUCGUCGUCCGCCGUCAACAUGAGAGCGUUUGUAUUGCUGUGUCUUCUGCAUGCGUCUUUUGCUCAAAGGCGAAACGGCUGGGAUGGACCGAUACAGGGCCCCUCGGACGUAGAGCUCGCACCAGGCAGCGAGUGUGCCGCGGGCCUGGAUUCCUGUAGCUGCUGUCUGAUCCUGCGGGACGUCAGCAAGCUGAGGACGAAGCUUGACGCAACGCUGGCCAGGCUGGAGAGCGAGAGCUCGCUGGCAACGCGGAGUCUGGGCAGGCUGGAAGCCGGCCGCGCCGCCUUCUCCGUCUCUCUGCUCAAGGAUGGCGGCUUUAGGUGCAUCGGCCCCUUCGGCGGCGACGAAGUCGUCAUCUACGAACACGUCUUCCUCAACCUGGGCGGCCACUACAACGGGAGCACCGGCGUCUUCACCGUGCCCCAGGCUGGUCUCUACACCUUCGCCGUCACCCUCCACAGUGACGCCGGUGCCCCUCGGAGCCCGCUGGCCGCCUGCACGGGGCUGCAGGUCAACGGCCGGGUGGCGGCCGAGGCCCGCGAGCAAAACGCCGACGACCAAGAGGACAGCGCCACCGCGGUGGUGCUCCUGCAGCUGAACGCUGGCGACGCGGUGGCCGUCAAGCUGCUCAAAGGCUGCUUCCUCUGUGACAAAAGCCACUACAACACUUUCAGCGCCUUCCUGCUGUACUGAAGGAGUGAGGGAGCCCGCGGCGCGCUGGGUUCGGUGCCAACUCUCGUCUCACAAAGAGAGUUUAGCGUCUGCUAGAUGAAAUCUUCCCGCGGUGCGCUCAUCUCACCUCAGUCCGCUCUGUAAUAUCCAUCACAGCCAUAUCCAUUGAAAGCUUACAAAGAAAGAGUACCUUAGUUCUGCAACAGCUUAUCCCCGCUUUUCAUGCUGAAAUCACGUCAUGUAGUGUUUGAGAUGCGUGAAACACAGAAAAAGGGAAUCAGGGUUUUAAAAACAGAGGCAGUUCGAAGCAAUUGCAAGUGAUUUUGUUUCCACUGAGAGUAUACGUGAUGUCUCCAUUGAAUCAGUUGUUGUCCAAAUUAAAGUGUUGAGAUAUAUAA